AUGGACGCUAAACAGAACGACAAAGAGGUCUCGCUUUACUUAGGAAACCUAGAUCCCAAAGUCGACGAGACGCUUCUGUACGAGCUCUUUGUUCAAUUCGCGCCUGUUAAAAGCAUUCGUUUGCCGAAAGACAAGGUGUUGCGCAGACAUCAGGGCUACGGGUUUGUCGAGUUCUUCAACGUCAAGGACUGCGAAUACGUGCUUAACAUUUGCUCAGGACUCAGCCUCUACGACAAGGUGUUGCGUGUGAAGAAGCUAAUUGGAGGCCAGGCAGAUGCUCCGGAGAUAGACGAAGAUAUAGGGCCGGUCGUCUACGUUGGUAAUCUGGACAAGCUAGUCGACUCUGGAAGUAUCAGUUCGACUUUUGCCAAUUUCGGAACGUUCCGCAAGCCGCCUCAGGUCGUCCCCGGCGAGAAGAGCAACCACGCCUUCAUCUACUACACAGACUUCGAGUCCAGCGACGAGGCGAUCAAGGAGAUGAACGGCAAGAUAAUCAUGAACCGGCCGAUCAAAAUGGACUAUGCCUACAAGAAGGAUUCUAAGGAAAAGCACGGCGACCGAACCGAGCGCCUAUUAUACGAAAAAGCGAGGGAGAAUAAUUUCGAGCUGGAUCAGUUGAAAAAACGGUGA